AUGCCGCAAGUAUGGGGCCGGGUUAGCCGCGAAGGUGGUAAAGGAGGCGCUGCGUUUGAAAGUACUACCAGUAGGAUAUUGUCUCCUAUUGUUGUUCCCCGCGGCCGAGCAUACAGUACAGUGGAAUGGAUGCAUGACUCCCGCCGCGGACGGCCACUCGGAAGGGAGCCUCAGCAGCUAGCCGGCGAUUAUCGUCCAGAUCGCUGCGACCCUUACUUGCGCCGGACAGUGGCAGCUGCACCAGUCCCGUAA